AUGGUCUGCAAGGAUGGUCGUGGUUCCAAGGACAAGGGAGGCGAGCAGAGUGAAGCAGAAGAUGUCGAAUCGAAUGAAAUGUGGGGGAAACACUGCAUUGAGAAAAAGAAAAAUUACUCCGAUUCCAACAAUGAGGCGGCCACCGCCCCCAAGGCCGGAGCAUUCGAUUUGGCGUUGACCACCACAAUGGCUGUUGGUAGAGACCCUGACGGUGAUUCGGAUAUGAAUUCCUCUAUCGGAUCUACCCCAUCUGAAUCUGACGCUCUCGAUUCCGGCGCUCGCACUCCCACUCACAAUCGCUCCAACAUGGAUGCUCCAUCAGAGCUCUCCCCGCCUGGCUCGCAGCCGCAGCAAAUGAUCGACGCCUCCACCGCAGACGAUAAAGGCAUGUCCAGCCUUGUAGAAUCACAAGCUGGUGAUAUACCCGAGUUGCCAGGGACCGCCUGGAAUAAUAAGCGUGCCCAAGAUGAAUAUCAUCGAGCAAUGGAACACGUCGUUGAUCAAGAUUUUAGCUUGGAUGAGUUCGGCGAUCCUUUUGACGAGCGCGACUUGCAGGGCAACUGA